GUUUGGGUGGAGUUUGGCUUAUUGCUUUUAAAUUCCUGCCUGAAAAAGUCCAUGCUGAAGCCAGAGGACUCUACCCACUUAGCUUUGCUGGACCCACUCGUCCCUAGCUUUGUUGAAUGCCUGUCCUGCAAAUACAUAAGAGUGAAUGCUGCCAUGCUGCGCUGCCUGUGCUGGCUGCUGACAUUCCCGUUGCCCACCUUAAAGAAGAUGAUCAAUAUAAUCGGUAGAGAGAUGUUUGUCCUGCUGAAAAACUACGCCUGUGCUGGGGCUGCCAAGGGAGAUAACCAGGAACUCUUGCUCAUGGCUUUUAAGGCAGUGACUGUAUUGGUGAGAGAGGUGAAAUAUUACGAACUGUCAUCAGAGCAUCUUCGGGUUUUGCUAUCCUUUUGUUAGAGCGACUUGCUUGAUUUUACAUGCCAGAGCACUGCAUUUUCAGUACUGAAGGCCAUUCUACACCGAAAGCUCAAUGUUCCUGAACUCCAUGAACUGAUAAAAGCAGUUGAGACAAUGGUAGUUACAGCAGAGGCAGACCAUUUACGUUUACAAUGUCGACAAGUGGUGCUGCAGUAUCUGCUUGACUAUCCGCUUGGGAAGCGCCUGACGAAACACCUGAAUUUUUUCAUAGCACAGCUGAUGUACGAGCUUGAGGAUGGGCGUCUGUCUACUUUGGAGAUGAUAGCAUCUAUUUUUUCCACCUUCCCUCAGGUGAUUAGAACUGCCUUCAUUUAGAAAUCUAUUCAUUUAUUUGCUACACUUACUAACAUAUGCCUUCGUAUUUAUUUUCAUUCUUAAUUAAAUGAAUUUCUAUAUUGCUUUAUCCUGCUGUCAAAGGCUAAAACAUUCAAGAUGCUGCAAAUCCUAAAAAUAAUCAGCUUUUCAAAUAUUAUCUUAUGGCAGAAAUAUGAUGAACGUCUUUAAAUUCAGUAGACAUCGAAAGCUUUGUUGAUUUACUUACCUUUUCAUCUAUAUGCUACAAUUUGCAUUUGUGUGCACACAAACAUACUUACGCUCUUUCUUGUAAUUUUUUUCAUUUUCAUUUCAUACACGUGCAGCCACAAAAAUUGAAGAACAACUUUAUUUGAAUUUUGUUUUUACCUGUAAGUGCUCCCUUGCUAACAUGCUUGUCUCAUCAAAAAUCUUCAAAUAAUCUGGUGGUAAAUCCUUAAGGAAGCUUGGAUCACGCAGGAAAAAGGCUGCAUUCGGAUUUGAUAUCCUGGGAGAAAAAUGAAAUGCUCUUUCAUAAUUCACGUGACAGACUAAAAUUUUGAUGACAGAACUCUCUCCAGAUCUACGCAAAGGCUGGCCAUGAUGCCAACGAUCUGGGCAACUUGUUUCUGCACAUUUGGAUCUGUUGGCUGCUCAUCAGUCACUUUUGCCUUAAGGUCAGGCUGUACUUUCUAAACACAUGCACACAAAUGUGCACACAUUAAGACAGAGAGAGGUGAUGCAUGUCAAAAGUCACAUUUUUGUGAAUAAUUCAUUAAAUCAUGCAGUUGAGGUUCCUUCUAUGCGCAUAUCUAAGUUCACUCUCUCAAACAUAGGCACAAAGUAAUUUUAUCAAAAAAAAAAAAACAAAAAAAACCGGGAAGAUAAUGUCAUGUGAUAUAUAUGUCAUGCAUACAAACUAAGAUCAGCCUUUAGAGAGAUACUAUGAGUUGUAAAAAAAAAAAGGCCUGAGAUCUGCUUGGACAGUGAAAUCUCGAGAUCUGUAUUGAAAAUGUGGUUUGAAUAAGAUGAUAAUCAGUUGAGUAAAGUCAAUAAAGUGAUCUAAGGGAGAUAAUAUAAAUAUAUAGUAACUGGUAUAUAUAGUAUUUGAAUCACAUUAUCUAUACACUUACCUUCUGCCGUACUUGUAUUACUGUUUUGUAUUGUCGUCGGUACAUUUCUGCGUUUCAACUGACUGAAACAUCACAUAAAAAGCCAAAGUUUAUCGGUCUGUUUUAAGACCAGUUUAUGAAAUUUUGUGAAAUAUUAGACGCAUAAAAUAUGAUAAAAAAUCUUUAUGACAAAAAAGACAAUCUGGGAGGAAGAAAAACAGGUAAUGUACGCUCAUCAAAUCCUCAUCCGUUCGAUGGUGAUCGUGAUAAUCACCUGAUAGAUGACGGUUUAGGUCAGAGAUGAUGCAUAUUCAUAAUCAUGUAACUACCUUAAGCACUUAAUUGUUUGACGAGCAGUCCACUUGAGCGAAAGAUUAAAAACUAAACUCAUCGAAUAAUAAAAAAAAAAAUACAGGUAGGGUGGGGUCACGAUAAUAGUAUUUCCUCUAAUAAAACUCAAUCAGUAAUUAGAAAUAUUUCUGAUAACUCAUUUAAUAUUAAUGUUAAAAAUUUCUCACUCUCUUAUGCCCUUGACGUACUCUUUGUGAUCACUCAGAACAUCAGCCACAAAGCUUUAUAUUUGGUUGCCAUGUUUUGGCAUUGUUUAUCACGGAGACUCUCUACACUGCGAGGUAAAAAUAGCGGAAUCAAUAAUGAAUUGAUCUCCCUUGACAGAUAUUUUUAAUAAUCUUUAACUAGACAGCGAGACAACAUGGCGCUCUCCUGGAAGCAUGUUGUGCCAUGGACUAACAGGUUUUCGAGAAUACUUGCAUGUGCAUUCGCGGAUAUGUCCAUACGCAGUUGCAGAAUCUUUUUUCAAAAAUUUUAAAAUUCGUAUCAUUACAAAAUUAGAACAACUUUACAUAUUCUGACAAGUGAUUUUUCAGUUUUUGUGGGAUGAUAAUAAACACAAAGUAUAGUAGAUAUUUUUGCAAAAAAUGUCAACAGGUCUGAAUUUGCAAGUGUUUACCACGGCUUAUACAGCAAGGACAUUUGUAAACAGAAGGAAGCCGUGGAAAAAGUUGCUGUUUGGAAGAGCAGAAAGUACAGCUGCACUUACUGAAGCUAUGGUCCAGUACCAUGAGGUUUUGGAUGCUGGCAAUAUCAUCAGCAGUGAAAAUACUUUACGUUCUAUUUUAAGUCUGGCCUUAAUUAGGUUUGUCAACCAUGUCACAGAGAAAGGGCAAGACAAGAGUUAUGCCCAACCAGUUCAUAAAGUAGCACUGGAUUUUGGAAUACCUACAUGGAUUGUGCGGCUUCGACAUGAUGCAACCCAUGGUUCUCUCCCCUCCUUAGAUCUUCUGUUGGCUGGCUGUCGAUGGGCACUUACUUAUCUGCAGGAGGUGUUCUGGAGUCAGCAGAUGACAGAUACACCUGAUCCAGACAGUUCAAAAGUUGGAAAGAAGAAGCAGUUGCAAAGAAGGGUAGGCAAGAGUCCAAAGUCUACCAUGUCUGACAUUGCCACUUUGCUUUAUGACUACCAAAAAGCAAGUCACAAGUGCAUACAAGAUGGCACAGAAAGUGGUUCUGUAAACGAUAAGAGUGCAGUUUUAAGUCAGCUGGAUAAUCUUCUUACUGGUCCUGGGCGAAUCAAUGUGCUGAUUGAAUUGAUUGAACCUGGUCAUCUUAUACCCACAGAAGAACAAUUGCUUGCAUACAAAGUGAAUCUGGAAGACACACUCAAUGCAGAACUUCCUAAAGUGCCAGAUAUUUUGAUAAGCAUCUGGAAGUCAUUACUUCGAAGUGUGCAGUCCAGGCAGUUAACUAGUCUUCUGCUGCAGCAUAUCCUCAUGACCCUAGUCGGUCAGCCAGAUCAUGCUUCAUUGCACAGCAAAGCUCUUGCUGCAUGGCUGCAUUUGAUUCUGAGUUACGAGACAGCAAAUUACAAGAAAUUUAUUGGUGACCAGCAGCCAGUGGUACAGCUAUACAAAUCUUCUAUCAGCUUCAGCAAAAAACUUCUGCUCAAUACCUGUCUGCAGAUUACCAACAACUGGACUUGCAGCUUGUUGCCUCUGAUUGGAGAUUCACGCUCAUUACCUAUUGAGAGUCGGAGUAAACUGGAAGAGUUGGACCUUAUCUACAGGGGCAAAAUUCAUGAUAUAUCAGACCCAGGAGUAGGAGAUGAUGAUGAUCAGGAAGAUACAAAUAUGGGGGCAGCCGAGGAAGUUGAGCUAAAUAAACUUACCGAGUCCAGGGUUUUCUCCUUGGCUGAUUUGGAUGGUACAGUCUCCAAAGAAGAGGGAAAUAUCUGGCAGCUUUGUAUAGAUCCUGCUGACUGGGCACAUGUUCCACUUGGGCUAAUCCCAGGACAGACCCAAUCUCUCCUGUGCUUGGACAUCGAGAAGGCAGGAUCUGAUGAAGAUGAUGAAAUGAAAGAGGAAACUGGAGAUAUAGAACAGGACAGUCCUUGUGGACAAGAAGAAAAAGAGAGAGAGUCUGCUACCUGGAAUGAAGAAGACUGUCCAUCUUUGUUAAAUAAAAUUGGACUUGCUUAAGAAUUAUAAAACCGUUUUUUAACUUUUUUUGUGUGCAUGUGUGUGUAUUUU